AUGCAGCCAUUCACCCUGGUCAGCGCUUUUUUUCUCCUCUUCUACAUCUCCUCCGGUAGUGCAGAUGUCCACAGGCACCACCGACAAGUCCCUACUGGAAACCAACCAGGUGUGUGCCGCUACGGCAGGAGGCUGGAGUGCUGCUAUGGGUGGAAGAAGAAUAGUAAAGGACAGUGUGAGGCUCAGUGUGAGCACGGCUGCAAGCACGGCGAGUGUGUAGGCCCCAACAAAUGCAAGUGCUUUCCAGGGUACACCGGAAAGACGUGCAAUCAAGAUCUGAACGAGUGCGGCCUGAAGCCUCGUCCCUGUGAGCACCGAUGCAUGAACACCCAUGGCAGCUACAUGUGUUACUGUCUUAAUGGAUAUACACUGAUGCCCGACGGGUCUUGUGCCAACUCCAGGACAUGCUCUCUUGCCCACUGUCAGUAUGGCUGUGAGGAGGUGGAGGGGGAGAUCCGUUGCGUCUGCCCAUCUGCAGGUCUACAACUGGGGCCAGAUGAGAGGACCUGUGUCGAUAUCGACGAAUGCGUAACUGGAAAGAACCUUUGCCCAUACAACCGGCAGUGUGUCAACACCUUCGGGAGCUACUACUGCAAGUGUCAGAAUGGCUACGAUCUCAAAUACGUUGGCGGCAAAUACGACUGUGUAGAUGUGGAUGAGUGUGUGAUUGGCACCCAGAAGUGCAGCCACCACGCCGUCUGCCUGAACACUCUGGGAUCCUACAAGUGCAGGUGCAAGGCCGGCUUCAGAGGAAACGGCUUCGAAUGCUCUGUCAAGCCGUUUUAUCAAAGCUCGUGGGACGGAGACAAGGGCAGUGCGGACGAUUUCCUCAACGCCAUCCCAGACUCCCCGGCGAGGCCCAGGCUCCUGGGCGGAAGGACGGACAGCGAGCACAUCAAAAAUGUCAUCCCCGAACCGGAAGUGACGCCCCAUCCCCGGCCCCGCCAGCAGCCUUUCGACUAUGACGGAGAGGUCUACAUCGGUGACCCCACCCAGGAGGUGCAGGUAGAGUUCCCCGAGGAAGACGAGUUUCCGGAGGAAGAGGACGGAGAAGAAGAGGAGGCGGGAGAGACAGACAACCGGCUGAAUCAGAGAGGAGAUGUUUUCACACCAGAGGACUUUGAAUCAGUGUUUGGUCCUACAGCAGAGGUUCAAGAGAUCCAUAUAUCACCGGGUCAGGAGGAGUUCAUCAUGGACUGCAACUUUGAUCAGGGAGCAUGCGAGUGGGUGCAAGACAAGGCUGACGACAUGGACUGGAGUGUGGCGUACCAUGAAAAUGGUGCGGAGUAUUACAUGGCCAUGAGUGGACUCCUGGGGAACCGGGGAGAAGCAGCCAAGCUCAGAUUGCUUCUCAGUGACCGAACCCGUCAGGGAAGCUUCUGCCUGACCUUUGACUACCGUGUGGUAGGGAAGAGUGUGGGCACACUGCGGGUGCUGCUCAACAACAAUGCCUAUCCAGUGUGGGAGCAGAGCCACAGCAGAGGCCAGAGCUGGCAGACUGAACUCCUCACCGUGGCGUGGAAGGAGCACGCCCCAGAGUCGAUAAUCUUUGAGGCCGAGCGUGGCGGAGGCGUCGGAGGAGAGAUCGGUUUGGACAACGUUGUGCUGACCUCAGGCAGCUGUCAAGAGGAGGACAGGCCUGUCUUCUAAAAAUCCACACCCCAGAGCGACCCGCUGAAACUCACCUCCACCUCCGACACAAACGUCUGAGUUUCCCAUUUCCUACCCCUACAGUGGUCUGUCAGACCAGAUGCACAAGCCCUUCUCUGGUGCCGUUUCAUGAUUUUACCAGAACUGGUAUUUUGUAAAGCAUGCUUAAUUUUUCUCUAGUGACUCGGCCUCGGCCUUGGCAUAGAACGAGAAAGGAUAUUAAGUACAAGACGUUGAGGGAAUACUAAUGGCAAUUGGUGCAUGGAGGUUUUGCCAUACAAGUUUAUGCCAUGCUGCUACAUCACUACCCUCUACCUAGGUUUGAAAACGCCAUAACAGUUUCAAAUAGUAUAUUCAGUAUUCUGAUGAUAAAGAGAACUCAAGUCUCAGGUUCGGGUGAAAAUACCAUUUCUUGCUGUCACGUAUGUGUAAAGAUAUGGUACUGUGCCUAAUCCUCUGUUGUGUUUGUGAUGAAAUUAUCGGAGAAUUAUCUACAAUAUGUAAUGUGAAUUUUACCCUAGGGAACUUUACCUUGAAUUUAAUCUUAGAUCAAUAAAUCCUUUUUGAAGGUUAGUUAUUUUGAAUGAUCAAAGGUGUCACUGCAUUACUGCUGUAAAUUAUGCUUCCACAUUGUGUUA